AUGCGGUCUCAACAAAAUGAAAUGCAACAAAUUUAUAAAAUCAUAUCCCAACUUGAUCCCGAAUUUCUUCCAAAGAUUCGUCAAAUUCUUACUAAUAUCGUAAAUCAUACAAAAGAAGAAGAAAUAUUUCAUACGAUUCGUGAAUUGCAAGAACCACAAAAAAAAAACGCAUUAAAGCUAAUUGAAUUAAUGCGAAAUCCAAAAGGAAAACACAAAAAUGAAAUAAUUUCAAUUUACCGCCAAAAAAAAGCUCUUGAAUAUAUCACAGAUAAACAUAAAAAUCAAGUUGAAUCUUUAAAAGUUGAGAAUGCAAGACUAAAAUCCAUAAACCGCAAACUAUCGAAAACUAAUCAAAAUCUAGCGCAUAAGGUUCAAUCCAUAAGCAGACUUUCAGAAGUUCGUGCGAAACGUAAAAGGCAAUUGCAAGAAACUUUACAAGAUGAUGUAGAAAUACAUGAAAUACAUGGGGAAGAAGAAGCAACUAAAAC